AUGGAAGGAGACAGCCGCAUUUCCCGUGAAAUUACGGGUGCAGACACCCCGACAAACUGCGACGCGGAGCUUCGAAUAAAGCGAAUGGAGUUUCGAGUGAAGACGAGGAACGCUCUUCAGCCAGAGUUCUUGCAGGCUUUUACUGAGGUGUGCGACUCCUUGCGGCAAUUUCUAACAAAAAACCCGCAAUAUAUUCCUGCACUUGAGGCAAUAUCAGAGCCAGACCGCCUCAUCACAUUCAGAGUACCAUGGUUUGAUGAUAAAGGCUCUCUGUUUAGCUCUGCAAUUGGUCCCUGCAAGGGCGGUCUGCGUUUCCAUCCCACGGUGUCUUUGUCUGUAAUUAAGUUUCUGGGUUUUGAGCAAAUAUUCAAAAAUAGUCUCACAGGCCUACCAAUGGGAGGCGGCAAAGGCGGCUCUGACUUCGACCCCAAGGGGAAGUCCGUUGCUGAAAUCCGCCGGUUCUGUCAGAGUUUUAUGACGGAGUUAGCAAAGCAUAUCGGCCCUUCCCGCGACGUCCCUGCUGGAGAUAUUGGAGUGGGAACGCGCGAAAUAGGGUUUCUUUUCGGCCAAUAUAAACGGCUUUGUUCAAACUUCGAAGGAGCUCUCACAGGCAAAGACAUCGGCUGGGGGGGUUCUGAAAUACGCCCAGAAGCGACAGGAUAUGGAUGUGCAUAUUUCGCUGAGAAUGUGCUUGAUCAGCUCCUCAAUGACACUCUGAAGGGAAAGAAAUGCAUAUUGAGCGGCUGCGGAAAUGUAGCGGUGUACUGCGCUGAGAAGCUGCUGGAAAUGGGGGCUGAGGUGUUAACUCUUAGUGACAGCUCAGGAACAAUAUAUUGUUCUGCAGGUUUCUCUAAAGAGGAAAUUCGAACAAUUAAAGAAGCAAAAGCGACAGAUAGAGCAGUCAGAGUCGAGGCCUUUGCAAAUGUAGGAACAAAGAAAACAACAGAAGACAAUGGCUUCACAAAUAUGAAAGGAAUAUCUUCAUAA